CGUCAAGUGGACCGCAGCAUAUGGGUAGUAAUAUAAAAUGUAAGUUGGUAGCAAUGCUGAAUAUAAACACAUGUGGUGGCGUCUAUAUCAAAGCUUUAAUUUAAAAGAUUGUAACGAUCUUAUACACGUUUGUGUCAUAAUUUAUAGCAUAUUUCUCAUAUUUUAUUUUAAAGAGAACGAAGAAUCGUUACAAUUGUUGCAGCGUUGUUAAUUCGCAUUAAAAAGUGAAUCGGCUUGUAUAAUAAUGAAGCCCACACGUUUGAAAACGCCAGCUCGUAAGCCAAUCAGUCGACCAAAGGGAUCAAACAUGAUAUCUAAAGAUCCUGUGCAAGUUUAUUGUCGUUUACGGCCCAUGCAGUUUCCGAUGAACGUAUCGUGCAUGAGAGUGACAUCUAACACAACAGUAGUGAUAACGCCUCCAGAGUCAGCAGUCAACUUUCGUGCAGCAACUAACAAAGAAAUACAAACGACGUUCAGUCAUGUGUUUACAUCUGACGUAACGCAAAGGGAGAUAUUUAAAACGGUUGCUCUUCCUCUGAUUGAGAAUCUAAUUCAUGGAAGAAAUGGACUUCUAUUUACUUAUGGUGUGACAGGUAGUGGAAAAACGUAUACAAUGACUGGGGAAUUACAGGAGCCUGGUAUCAUGCCUCGAUGCUUGGACGUUAUUUUUAAUACUAUUACAAAUUAUCAAACAAAGAAAUUUGUCUUUAAGCCAGAUAAAUUAAAUGGUUUUGAUGUACAAAGUGAAGCUGAUGCUAUGCUAGAGAGGCAGCACGAACUUCAUGCAGGUUUACUACAGAAAACUGGAAAACAUGGCAAAUGCCGUAAGAUAGAUAGUGAUGGAGAUAGUAAUCCAACAGUAGCUCACGAACGUAAUGAAUCGCAAAGCGUGGCAGUUGAACCAGAUAAUGCAUAUGCUGUGUUUAUCACAUAUAUUGAAAUAUAUAAUAACAAUGUGUAUGACUUGUUAGAUGAAGAUUAUGUCAAAACCAAAUCACUGCAAAGUAAAAUUGUUAGAGAAGAUGGUAACAAGAAUAUGUAUGUACACGAUGUUACGGAAGUUGAAGUAAAAAGUGCAGAGGAAGCCUUUGAGCUGUUUCAACGUGGGCAACGAAAAAGACGUGUUGCGCAUACAGCAUUAAAUGCAGAGUCUAGUAGAUCUCAUACUGUUUUUACUAUCAGGCUAGUACAGGCACCUUUAGAUUGUGAAGGCGAACAUGUAAUGCAAGAUAAACGAGUUAUAUGUGUAAGUCAAUUAUCUCUAGUAGAUUUAGCGGGUAGCGAACGAACAAAUCGCACAAAAAAUACUGGUCAACGUUUACGAGAAGCAGGGAACAUUAAUAACUCUUUAAUGACUCUGCGAUCAUGUUUGGAAAUUUUGAGAGAGAAUCAGAAUCAGGGUACAAAUAAAAUGGUUCCGUAUCGAGAUUCGAAGCUUACACAUUUAUUCAAAAACUAUUUUGAUGGGGAAGGACAAGUCAGGAUGAUAGUUUGCGUAAAUCCGAGAGCGGAUGAUUAUGAUGAAACAAUUCAAGUCAUGAAAUUUGCGGAAAUGACUCAAGAAGUGCUUGUUGCAAUGUCUAAUCCUGUAAAAUUGGAAUUUGGUUUUACUCCUGGCAGAAGACAAGCAAAUAAGGUAUUUAAGGAAGCAAGAAGUAAAUUAGUAAAAGAGGGCCGACCAGAAGCCGCUGAUUUGAACAUUGAUCUAGGCCUAGUGUACAGUUUGGGUGGACCAUUUCCUCAAUUGGAAACUGUUACUUCGAACAAUGAUCAACUAAUACAAUCUUUAAUACGAUUCUUAGAACGACGUAUUAACAAGCGCAAUAUACUUCGCACGGAUUUACAAAAGAAACAAGAGGAUGUUAGACAGAUAUUAACGAAAAUAGAACAAGAAAAUGAACAUUUAAAAUAUGAAACAGCUUCGCUGGAAGCUGCGAAUAAACAGCAAAAAAUAACGAUUUCAGCAUUAGAAAAAGAUAUUUGCAAGAGAGAAAAGCGAAUAGAUGAGCUUAUACAUAAAUUAAACAGUGCUAAUGAAAUGGUGCGAAAUUUACAGCAAGAGGUGAGAGAUCGAGAUUUAGCAUUAAAUCAACGCUUAAUAGAUAAGCAAAGAGUGAAGCAGAGAUAUAAUACAAAGAUACAAGUCGAGACAGAUAAAAUGAAUAGAGAGUUGGAAAUAAAACUACGUCGACAGCGUGAACAUCUUCAGAAUCAAAUGAAGGAAAAAGAAGACAAGUUACGAAUGGUAAAACAAAUUUUAAUUGACGACAAUGACUUUAAUCCUGUGAUAGCAGGAACAAGUUCGAAGGAACGAGUUCCAGAAUUGAUAAUGAGAGUAGCCAGUCCAGAUAGAGAUGCCAGAAUAUCACGAAAGGAUGGAAUACCCGUUUCAAACCCGAGAUAUAGACGAUCGCAAAGUGCCGACAGAUGGGUCGAUCAUAGACCUGAGAAUCUUGUACCAGUCGGGACUGUACUGCAACCAAUGAUGCGAAGACGACGAAGUAUAACGCAGCUUACUUCCCCAAAAGAGAUUACGGAUGGCGCAUCUAGAUAUUGUCUUAUUGCGCAGGAACUCGAUAUGGAUGGAGAACUUGAGACAAAAUUAUUUAAGGGUGACAUACUGCCAACGAGUGGUGGUGGAGCACAAGUGGUAUUUAACGAUAUGGAAUGUUUGAAACAGACAUCGCCGAAAGCAAGGAAACGUACUGGAUUUCAAGAAGAGAAAACUGAUCAAGUAGAUAUUUCUACGAUAACAGAAACGAAAAGACCACGAGUAAUUGGCAUCCCAUAGAUAUUUCUACAAUAACAAACAAAAAGACCACGAAUAAUAUUAUAAAGGAAAACUAUGAAUAUGCAAUGAAUAUUAUUAUACAUUUAUAAAUAUGUAUACUACUAUAGUCAUUAAUUAAACAAAGAUCUCGGACAGAUUUCUAAUAUCGCAGCACAAGGCUUUAUAGUCAUUCCAUACGAAUGCCAGAUACAAAUAUUUACCUUGGAUUUUGUAAAAACGCUAAAAAUAAUUGUGACACAAAAAUUAAAGGUUUCAAAUGUAUCAUACAUAUCAUCACAUGUCACUUUUUAUAAGAGUUACUGUAUCUUUAGUAUAUCUAUACUCUUUAGAUAUCUAUAUUGAUAUUUAUUACGUUAUGUAAAGCGUAAUCGCGCUUAUCGAACUUAAAUCGUUUUCUUGGAAAUUCCUAAUUUUUAUCAUAAGGAAGUAAUUUCGCUUAAUCAUCAACCGUCAGAUCAGGUUUAAAUAUUUUAAAACAAGAUCCGCUUCUAUAAAUUCUUUUUGUAUUCUCUUCUCUUCGUAUUCUCUUUUCUCCCCCCUUUCUCUUCGCUCUUUCUCUGUCUCUGUAACGAUUCAAUUUUAAUAUAAUUGAAUUAUAUUUUCUAUAAAAUAUUUUCUUACAACGUAAUAUGGAAUUACAUCUUAUAUAUGUAACGUUAUUUUAUGUAUGUACAAAAAUUAUAAUAAAUAAUUAUGAAAUACGCAA